CAUCCAUCGAAGCCAAUGCUCCUCAACGACAGUCUUCCUUGCAGCUUUUGGCCCGUUUAGAUAGAAAGUGUGCGUCAGUAAAGAUGUGUCUUAUUGAAGAUCGUCUUCUUAUUUGAACUUGAAACACGACUUGAAAUCAAAAGAUCAGAAGGAACAAUGAACUGAAUGAACUGUGAUCUAGAUCCGACUACUUGUUUGAUGUAAGUCUAACUAGGCUGUUGUAGCACCUCCAUUAUCUUCUUUGCGUCAUUUAUUCGACUUCCACAGUGCAAGUGCAUGUAUGAAUUUGUCCGUCGCGAACAACCACUUAGUUUGUUGACCUUGACUGGACUUCUUUCAUUUUAGCAUGCAGUAUAACAGUUCCAGUAACAUCGUGGUUUCAAUUUCAAGACUGUUGUAAUGUUUUUGAGCAGCAAACAGAGAGAACAAAACGACCAUUGUCAUUAAUGCGAAAUCAAAAUGCGUGAAACUCGUCUCUCCAGCACUUGCCUGCAAUAUUGCAACACGGAUACCGACAAUUAUCAGCGCGAAAAUCUAACGAUAAUUAACGACGUCAAUUUUUUUGGCGAAAAUACGACGACCACGACAUCUUCAAGCGAUUAUACAAGCGAUUAUACAACGUCUUCAAAAGCGACGAGUUCUAGUUAUAUUUCCAAGAGUACAGCCUCCGACGCCGAGCAGAACUUCCACCUCCUCGACUCCUCAGACGCCCUCCUCAAGUAGUCGUGAACCUGCUUCUAGUCCUCGUGUGCAACGAGAAUGGCCUCUGGACCUAUCGACGACAUCGAGGAUGUCGUCGUGCACAACGGAGGCCCCUUCAGCGCUACCAAUUUUGCGAGUUCAGCUCCUGUAAAUAAUGGAGGUACUGGUGGGAUAGCUAACGGGUCCAGGAUGCCUUCGCCCUCGUCGUCUUCAGCUAGUUUAGCCAACAAUGCAGGGAGCUUAUCCCCCAUUAAUAGCAGAGCUCCAGGUGGGAUGCUAGCUGCUGCUGCUGGAGGAAAUGAUGGAGGCUUUUUUGGUGGUGGUGGUCAUGUUGGACAUCAACAUACUCUCGCUGGAGGAGGAGGUGGACACGCUUUGCAAGCCUUGGGUCCAGGUGGAAUAAGUAGUCCGAUAAUUGAGCCUCCCCUUCCCGCUAGCUACCACGUUUUCAUUUGGGUCACUUUGGCAAUUUUCAUCGUCUUCUUCUCCGGCGUCACCCUACUCUGCGUUUUGGUGACAAAAAGAGCAAAAAGCUAUGACGACGAAGAGUUGGAAAAGCUACCCUGCUACCGCUUUUGGGCCAACUUGAAUUGGGACUUGUGGGCAGCUGCAGGAUUCUCACUAGGAGAAGUCCUCAUAUUCGCAUUAGAAUGCGUACAUAUGGCAGAAUGUCUAUUCGUAGACCCAAAAACGAAGGGGCUGGUAGGAGCCUGCGUGGCGAAAAAGGGGUUGCCAAUGCUUGGGACGGCGAUCGUCACAUUUGGCGUUAUAUUGUACUUUUUUUUUAAUUCUUGCGCUUUUUGUUUUACUUGUUACACCUUUAUUGCAUCAAGUUUAUUAUCCGUUUAAGUACAUCAUUCUAGCUUUUCUGUACCUCUACCUGUACAACUACUAGUAGCGGAAUUCUACUAAUUAAACCUUCUUUACAUAUGCAUACCGUUUUGCUUUCCCAAAAUCCCAAAAACUCAACAAUACAGCUGGUUCAUCGGUAUUCUCACAUCCGACGAGCUAACCGUUGAUGUCGUGGAUGAUGGGGAUUCCAUCUCCAACGUAGAAAUGGCCGAACAGCGUAUGAGCUCGCACAUGUCCCGCGGUCGAGAAUCACACAUUCUCUCUAGAGAGCAAAGCCUGCUCCCCGCUCAAGCGCCCAAGCGCAUGAAGUUUCCGCCAAUCAUCAACAAAAUGCUGCAAAUGGGCGAAUUGCAACAGCCAGACCAUGCUCUAGACCCUCACGGUGGGGAUCAGGACGCUGAAUUAAGGCUGUACCUAAUACAUCUUUGGACGUAUCCUUGGACCUACGUAUGGAGGAGUAUCCUAAGCGAAUACUCCCCCAUACUUUUCAAGGAUGCACUUGAAAGAUGAAUUACGGACAGCUCUAACUGAAAGUAGGGAUAUAGCCGGUGAGAUGGAUGCUCUGAACUCGUCUGCGAACGGAGAGAUGCACCACGAAGAAGACGACAUGCAGAACCCAGUUGACGGUGCUGAUGAAGAAACUGCUCUUUUACUCCAACUCCCUGGAGAAGAAGGCACGACGAGCAGGGGUCGUGCAGCUAGGAGAGGCAGUACUAAUUAUACAGGUGCUGCUGCUGGUGCUGGAAAAGAUCAAGAAGGAGGCGGGGUGAAUGCUGGCGCAACGGGCGGCCGGGAUCAGCUACAAAGAAGUAAUAGUAUUAAGCAAGGUCGACAGCAGUUGCAAAUAACAGACUACAGUAGGAGAGCGCCUGCUAGCUCUCUAGAUGAUGUUCCAAGACCCAUGAACAACGCAGGAAACGCAAGAAAUCCACCAAAUACUGGCACAAGUCGCACUCUCCAAUUGCCGCCUGUCAAUGGCAGGUCGACGCCUCUCAUGCUCCCUCCCCCUGGUAGACCUUACUACAACUCUACUGGCGGGUACUAUGGUCAAGGUACUGGAGGUCAGAUGGCUUCACCAGGACACCAUCCAGGUCCUCGGUCAGGAAUCAUUGGUGGUCCUUCGAACAGUGGACCUUCAGCAGGAAGUGGCGCCCCAAGACCUUAUGGCGCAACUUCGUCUAGUACGGGCGGUUAUUACCAGGGCAACAAAAAUAUCGGAACAGGGAAUGCUGGUGGCACAGGAGGUAGUAGAGCCGGUGGCGGAGGAGCUUCUAGUACUGGCAUGCAUGCCGGAGCCCAAAGUUUUUACCCUGGUGCUAGCCAGCAUGGUGCUGGCAGUUAUUAUGCUUCCGGUCACCAUCCUGGAACUGGUGCUCAUUAUCACGGAGGUGGGCCACAUUAUCACGUGCAUCACGGUGGAGCAGCGGCAUCUAAUGCCCAAACGAUGCAUCAUAAUCCGCAUCCUGGCGCUGUCGCGCAUCCACAGCCUGGUGGUGCACCCGGAGACAACACGUGGACCAGGAGGCAUCUGCUUAUGCGUCUGAACAUCUUCGCAGGUGAUAGGACGAAGAGAAUAGCAGCUGCACAGGGCGUGAAAGUGCAGAACAAGAAGGCGAUCACAGCUGGAGGGCAAGGAAUGUUUGUGAACGCGAGUAGAAAUCCCAUCCCAUUACCGCCUCCACCCCCUCAGCCCUCAGGUGGACAGGGUAAGCACACACCAGGAACGCUAGGAAUGCGACAGCGAGGAAUACCCACGGAUUCGUUAGGUGUUGGAGUUUUGCCGAGUCUGCCGAGAAGUACUUAUACUGUUGAUUGUUUGUUGAUGCUUGACACUUCUAGUAGGGGGUUUCAAAGAAAUACGUAACGGUCGCUUUUCAUCAACAUGUUGUGCAUGUCUAAUUAAAAUCGUAAGUUGUCAUGAGAUCAAUGAAUUCUUCAUCGCAAGAGCCAUCGUUUUUAUUUGAACUCCACCUCAGCUUCCGUGAUCGCUUCCGAGCCAGCAUUCACCACAAGGAUCUCUGUCGCGGAUACGGUGUCUUCAGGAGCUGCCGGUAGCCAGCAUGGAAAGGAGACAAAUUACGACGACGCCCACCCAGACGCAGCAAGCCAGAGGGAUCACAAACUUGAUGAACACAGUAGAAGCUGGUGCGUCGCUGAUGUCUCACAAGCACUAGAGGACGCGCAAAAGAUGACUAGACAAAGUAUAGAUGAAUUCGACGUUCUUGGAGGUGGUGGUGGCCAAGAAGGUCGUGGGGAACCUGAUGCAAGCACCGCUUCUGGGCAACCGGCAGAAGAACUACAACUAGGAACCGUGCAAGAAGGCGAUGAUCACCACACCAGUCCAGGAGGCGACCACCAAUCGUCCGUAAUACUUGUGCAAGCAGGAGCAGGCGGGGGAAUGGAAGCAGCUGCGUCCAGUGCAGGUAGUCUUGUCGUCCAACAUGUUGAUCAGCAUAGUUGUGAUCCAGAAGUAGCCGAAGUAGAGCGACAACAGAUGAUCGAAAUAGAGCAGCAGCAAUACCAGCAAAUUGCGGAAGAAGCGGGUAUCGUUGUGGAGGAGAGGGACUUGAUAGCCAUUGCGGAUUCUCACGAACUAGUGGUAGAACCCAGCAACGCACUCGGCAUAGGCAUAGGAAGUGCGCCCAACACUGCUGGUCUAGACCUCGGACCACCAGGAGCUUCGGGUUUUGGAGACGCCGACUUGGGCGAUUUUGAACCGCAGUUCAUAGACUUGGACCAACUGCAGCAGCAUGAACAAGAACGCACCUCAGGCGUAGUAGAAUCUUCAACUGGGGGCGGCGCGUCAAGGUCGUUAGGGACGAGUACAGGAGCGCAAGAGCAGGAGAGGCUAGUCCAUCAACAGUUCGCGGCAGCGGCUCAACAGUAUGACCACUCUUACGACCACUAUGAGGUUGUUCCUGCUCCCGCAGGCGCUGGGGUCUCUGGAGGUGCUGGUUACAGCAACAUAGUGGAGCAACAUGUCUCACCUGGAGCAUAUGCGGAUCAUCACGGCGGACCUGCUGGGCAACAUGCGACGCCACCUGCUGUGACCUACGUUGCGGCGGAGCAUGUCGGAGGAGCUCCGGGCUCAAUGCCAGUGGGAGUUGUCACGAUAGAUGGCUACCCACCUUCUGAGCAUGCCUAUGCAGCUGAACACGGAGUAGCAGCUUAUGCGACUGAGCAUCAUGUCGUACCUGGUGGAGGUGCUGGCGGUUAUGCCGCAGGGGAGGGAUCCUCCCAUCAAUCGGGGGGCUAUGCACUCGAGCAUGCAACGUCCUACGUGGCCGAACAUCACGUAGCCGCAGGUGGAGUCGUGUCCUAUCAUCCUGGUACAGCAGAUCACGUCGUUGGAGGUCCCCUUGUUGCACAAGGAGCAUCUGCAGGAGGGAACGUAGUUGAGUUCCAAGUUCAUGACGUCAAUGUCUUGCUUGGAACCCCAGAAGCAGAACAAGUCGUUCAACUCCUACAAGCAAAGGAGAACAUCAUUAUGCCUGCACUCAACACAACUGACGCUGCAAACACCUCGCCAGGUGCGCAGGCAGGAGGUUCAUCUUCGACCGGAGGCGGUAAUGCCGGUUCUCCUGGCACAUUAGGUGGUGCUGGGGGAUUCAUAGUUGAUCAGUCAACAGGCGGGAUCAUAACAGGUGAAUCUGGAAUGAUAGGUGAUUAUGGGAUUACUGCGACGACAACAGCACUUGGCGGAGAAAGUAGUAGCACAAUGCCGAGGCCUGGCAGUGGGCAACAACUGCUUGGUUUAGGAGAGCAUGACGUCAGUCAGGGUGGCGUCAUUACCCCGCUGCAUCCGACGCAGCCACUACACCCUAUCACGAAUACUUCCUCUACCAAUGCUGCUGUAUCUCAGAAUAUUCACACUCACCAACAACAUCAAAUGCGAGCAGCAGCAGGACACGUCGUAGAUCAGUCUGUAGAAGCCAGCGGGCCCUUCGGACUUUUCACACGCGAUGACACAGAAGCAGCGCAGGACCACGUUGUAGAGCAGCUGCAAGAAUACCUUGUUGCUGGAGGUGCAGCAAAUCUAGCAUCGACAACGUCUGCUGCUGUAGCUGAUCAUCAGGCUACCUCACCUGGAACAACUAGUGGAACUCCUGUGACAUCAGCCGCAGGUGUCUUCACAUCCUCUCCAGCAGCGCAACAACUCGUCCUCCAACUACCUCCCCAUCACCUGCAAGAGCAGCAUUCAGGGACGCAAAAUCAUGGUGUUGGCAGCAACAACACAGGCAGUCACAGACAUGCGGAACCUGAACAGCAGCAAGUUGAUAGGCAUUUGCGAGGUCGGGAGCGGGCGCAGCAUGCGAGACGGGGAAGGAGAAGACAUCAAAAUCAGGAACACCUGCAGUUGAAUCUACAACACAUCCGAGGAGAAGAUCACGAUGACCAUGAUGGUACCGAAGAUGAAGAUGAGGAUGACCAUCACAAUGACGAGAACGAGUAGGUGAAUUUGAUUUAAGAGUUUUCGGUACUGGUAGGCGUGGUACAAACUGAAGCACAAAGAUGAAAGACAACAUAAUUCUAGAGAUUGACAUAGUCAACUUAAACAUGUGGCCUAGAAGUAGAGCAUGGGCAUUGAAGUUUUGAAUUUGAUUCCCGUAGAUUUGCGUAAGCAUAUCACGGGUACGCGGAUAAGGCCAGAUCGGCGUCGAUGAUGUGUGCAGUAGAUUAGGACGCUUUUUUGGUCAACCUCGCCUCAUUCCAGCUAGUGAUGGACCAGCCUCGACGUCUCUGUAAGCCACGACAGCAUACAUGAUUAGGAUUCAACAUGAUUUGAUUCGUAAAGCUGGAUGAAGAAGAACAUAGAUGUGCUGUAAGGUGGUCUGCAAGGGCUCUUGGUCCGUCCUUUAGUUUUGAUGUUUUUGUAUCAUGUUGUCGUUGUUGUACUUGUCUGUUGGUAGUUAUACACUACUGAUUUCUACUUUGUCAUGAUUGAUUUCAAACUUUUAACCUCAUUUUAAGUACUAUAAUUUCAUUUCAAAAAAUCCGUGAUGAAAUAGAAAUUGAAAUACUAUGAAUAUGAUAUAAUUGAAAUAGAAAUUGAAAUACAUAAAUGAAAAUGACGAAUCUUCAUCUUCUACGCUAUUCUCCCUUGAGAUCCUCAUCCUUCCAUCCUUCACCUUCGAACUAAACCAUCACUAAGGGCGCUCGCGAGCGCGACACGUGCGAGGCGGUAGGGUCGGGCUCGGGCGCGAACAUAAUGAUAAUAAUUGAUAACGUAAUAUGUUCUUGGUUGACGCACUAACAUCUUGCUCAGUGGCAAUUUUAUUGGCCGUUCUUGGUUUAUGUUUAUCGUUUAUGACACCGACACGAAGAUCUUCAUUCAAAAAAUUGAAUCACAAACACGAUGACAAUGUCAGCACGGAGGAUGUUGACGUAAGCAGGACCACUUCUGGUUUAUAAUGAUUUUCAAUGUACUUCUACUAGAUUGCUUUAAUUCAAUUGGUAUGAUUCAGAAGGUCGUUGUCCUGAAUCGAAAAUUGUAGCUACUACGUCACUCAUCGUAAUUAAGCGCAGGAUUAGAUGUACAUGAACUAGGCGGGGACGCCCUGGAGUCGGUAGACACAAAUCGGGGCGACAUGGAUAUGUCGCUCAUCCAAUCUAAAGGGCAGAAGCCACCAAGAGAUUGUACAUGUUACAGAAGCAUGAGAAUCAAUGGUUUCCUCGUCCUCCAAUCAACUAAAAUAUAGGUUACUUAGGAGAUUGUUGCAGGAUGUGCUGACAAUGUGAUGGCCGUAUUAUUAUUCGUGAGCAGGGGUUUCUUUAUAUCGAAAGAAUUUCGAUCAGAUCUCGAUAACUCAAGUGUGACCGCGGGAAAAGUCGACUAU